UCUUGUCUUAGUGGGUAGCGAUGGGCAGAUACAGUGGUUGCAUCGUCGCAACAAGGCUACGACUUGCGCCCCGAAGCAUCGCUGGUUUGCAGAAAGACUCUACAGGUUGAGCUUGGUGAAAGUGUGCGAUGGUCCACGUUACAUAACUUGUGCGUUUACAGAGCUGAGUGCGCGGUAAGAAACGCUGGUUGAGGAGCAGUAGACGAGCCACUGAGCUCAAGUCGCGAUACGGCAGUAGUAAGAGGCUUGCAUGGCUGCGCCCUGGAGCAAGCCAAAUAUGUUGUGCGCUCAACAGCACCAGGAUUGCGACCUGUAUUGUUCUGGCCGGCGAGGCUCACUCGUUACCGCUCAAUGCCAGGUUGGCGGUCUGCUAUUGCAGGAAGCGCAGGGUAUCCUGUCAUCACGGCUGCACGUUCUUUGAGGGCUACGGCGCAAGUUUGUUGAUUCCAGCAGUCAUUGUCAAGUUAGUGACGCGAUCAACAUCCUCCAGCGAGACAUGAGCGCUAGUGCACGAAGAUGCAGUUGUAGGUAAGACAGCCCAUUGAAGGAGUCGGCGAUUUCUGUCAUCGACCUAGCAGCUUGCAUCCCUGCCCAAACCUG